GCUCAGAGCGAUCCAGGCGGGAAGAGGUUAAAUUUCCUCUCUGGGAAACAUUGUCGGGUCUAUGGAGGGGGUAGAAAGGCGCAUACCAAUUGACGAGCCAUUCUGCUUUUCCUUGAAUGAAAUGCUGUGAAUAUGAAUCCGUGUUUGCCCCCUCGCGCCUGAGCUUCAGGGUCUGCGACGCGCACGAGAAUCCGUCGGAGUUGCAGCGGAGGAGAAACCGGGGGGAAAAGUGAUGGAAAAGUUGCUCUGAUCUCGUGUGUGUGAUCUGGUGGAUGAGGGAGGACAGGACUAACUCGCAAAGUUUCCGAUCUCGAGUGACAGAUUCAAAACUGGACUGAUAUAAUGUGACUGCAAGGACAGAGCGUCAACGCGUGGAUUACAGCGACCGCUCGUGUCAUUUUACGCACUUUUAACUCAAGUUUCAGUUUCAGUGGAUUUAUUAUUUCGUCCCUUUUUACGCACAAAGGAACUAAAUGGUUUGAAUGAGAUCGUCUGACUGGUCCGAGCGCACAGCUGCACCGGGAUGAAAUCAAAAGGAUAGUGCUUCUCUGCUCUUUCAUACUUUUAACACAUUUCUCCAUUCAGUCCAACUGACGCACUGAUACGGAGCAUGUGCUGAAAUAUCCAGCUGUUUGUACUUUUUAUACAAGUAUUUUCUGUGGUCUUCUUCCAUAGAAAAAGAAGCCUUAACAAGCUCCCGAUUCACUGCGUUUGGACUGUUUUCAUUUUUUCCACUUUCUGUGACUCUAAAACUAAAAUCUGGAUGUUCAAUGGAUUUUAAGUUUUUGUUCUGCAGUUUGACAUGAAGGAGCGGAUGCCUGAGUUGUGUUGUGAAUAAUUUGGAUUACUCUAUAACAUUUCUCAAAAGAGAGACGUUGAAUGAUGUCUCCAACUUCUAUUGGAUUUGUAAUUCUGUUAGGAAUUCUCCAUGUGUGCUCAGGAUCCCGUCUGCGCCAAGAAGACACCCCACCCCGGAUUGUGGAGCACCCCUCUGACCUGAUUGUCUCCAAAGGGGAACCAGCUACCCUUAACUGUAAAGCAGAGGGGCGGCCGACCCCGACAGUGGAGUGGUACAAGGAUGGAGAGCGGGUGGAAACGGACAGGGACAAUCCCCGAUCUCAGCGCAUGCUGCUGCCCAGUGGCUCGCUCUUCUUUCUACGCAUUGUCCAUGGACGACGGAGCAAACCGGAUGAAGGUUCCUACGUUUGUGUUGCCCGAAACUACCUGGGAGAGGCAGUGAGUCACAACGCCUCGCUGGAAGUAGCCAUUCUACGUGACGACUUCAGACAAAACCCUGCAGAUGUGAUCGUGGCAGCAGGAGAGCCGGCGGUCCUCGAGUGUCAACCUCCACGUGGACACCCUGAACCCACCAUAUCCUGGAAAAAAGAUGGAGUGAACAUAGACGACCGAGAUGAGAGAGUCACGAUACGUGGAGGAAAGCUCAUGAUCACAAAUGCCAGGAAGAGUGACGCUGGGAAGUACGUUUGCGUCGGCACAAACAUGGUCGGAGAACGAGAAAGUGAAAUAGCAGAACUUACAGUGCUUGAGCGUCCCAGCUUUGUGCGUCGCCCAGGCAGCCAGGUGGUAUUAGUGGACCAAAGUGUGGAGUUCAGGUGCGAGGCCCGAGGUGACCCAGUUCCCACCGUUCGCUGGAGGAAAGAUGAUGGUGACCUACCUAAAGGAAGAUAUGAGAUCCGUGAAGACCACACCUUGAAGAUCCGUCGUCUAACCUCGGCAGAUGUGGGCUCCUACAGCUGUGUGGCAGAGAACAUGGUCGGCAAGGCGGAGGCAUCGGCCACGCUCACCGUCCACGUACCCCCAGCAUUUGUGGUGAGACCAAGGAACCAGGUGGUUGGCGUUGGCAGAACUGUCACCUUCCAGUGCGAAGCCACUGGAAACCCACAACCAGCCAUUUUUUGGCAGCAGGAAGGCAGCCAGAACCUGCUCUUCUCCUACCAGCCUCCUCAGCCCUCCAGCCGGUUGUCUGUAUCUCAGACUGGGGAUCUGACCAUCACUGAUGCUGAACGCUCAGACAUGGGAUACUACAGUUGUCAGGCCCUCAACAUAGCAGGCAGUGUCAUCACAAAGGCUCUGCUAGAGGUCACUGAUGUUGUGUCCGACCGCCCGCCACCAGUAAUCCAGCAGGGACCUUCCAAUCAGACAGUAGCUGUGGACGGCACAGUGGUUCUCAACUGUGUGGCAUCAGGAAACCCUGUCCCCACCAUCCUGUGGAGGAAGGACGGUGUAUUGGUGUCCACACACGACUCCAGGAUCAAACAGCUGGACACUGGUGCAUUGCAGAUUCGCUAUGCCAAGCUUGGUGACACUGGCACCUACACCUGCAUCGCCUCCACGCCCAGCGGAGAGGCCUCAUGGAAAGCCUUCUUGGAGGUCCAUGAGUUUGGAGUCCAAGUCCAGCCAAACAGACCCACUGACCCAAACCUGAUCCCAAGUGCUCCUUCCAAACCUGAGGUCACUGAUGUCACCCGCACCUCCGUCACCCUCUCCUGGAAACCCAACCUGAAUGCUGGAGCCACACCCACCUCCUAUAUCGUAGAAGCCUUCAGUCAUGCAUCAGGGAGCAGCUGGCAGACCUUGGCAGAGCAUGUGAAAACAGAGUCAUUUGUACUAAAGGGCUUGAAGCCCAGCGCAGUCUACCUCUUCUUAGUACGGGCAGCCAACGCCUACGGGCUGAGUGAUCCCAGUCCUAUCACUGAAGCUGUGAAAACACAAGAUAUCCCUCCGACUAGUCAGGGCGUGGAUCACCGUCAGAUCCAAAGGGAGUUGGGAGAAGUGGUUAUCCACCUGCACAACCCCACCAUUCUCUCCUCGUCAUCUGUCAGGGUGCAGUGGACAGCAGAGCAGCAGUCGCAGUACAUCCAGGGCUACAAGGUGAUGUACAGGCCUUCUCCUGAGGGGCUGCAGAGGAGCGAGUGGGCCGUGUUUGAGGUCCGCACCCCUGGGGAGGACAGCGCUGUCGUGCCACAGCUUCGCAAGGGAGUCACAUAUGAAUUCAAAGUCCGCCCCUUCUUCAAUGAAUUCCAGGGAACAGACAGCGAUGUCAAAAUUGGCAAGACGCUGGAGGAAGCCCCCAGCGCCCCUCCCCGUGAGGUUACAGUGACAGAGAGCGGGGACAAUGGGACCGCCAUCCUGGUCUCCUGGCAACCUCCUCCAGAAGAGGAGCAGAAUGGGGUGGUCCAGGAGUACAAGAUUUGGUGUUUGGGGAACGAGAGCAGGUACCACAUCAACCGCACAGUUGACGGCUCAACCUUAUCCGUGCUGAUUCCCAGCCUAGCCGCUGGGAUUCGAUACAGCGUGGAGGUAGCAGCCAGCACCGGGGCAGGUCCUGGGGUCAAGAGCGACAUCACCUUCUUCCAGCUUGAUGCAUCCGGGCGCAUGACAGAGAGCGUGAUCCACGAGAACCCUCUGUCCCAGCAGAUCUCCGAUGUGGUCAAGCAGCCAGCUUUCAUAGCAGGCAUCGGAGCUGCCUGCUGGAUCAUCCUCAUGGUGUUCAGCAUCUGGUUGUAUAGACACCGAAAGAAAAGGAACGGCCUCUCCAGCAGCUAUGCAGGCAUCCGCAAAGUGCCAUCCUUUACAUUCACACCUACAGUGGCGUAUCAGAGAGGUGGAGAAGGUGUUAGCAGUGCUGGAAGGCCUGGUUUGCUGAACAUCGGGGAAUCAGCCACACAGCCUUGGUUAGCUGACACAUGGCCCAACUCCUGCUCCAACCACAACGAUUGCAGCAUCAACUGCUGCACUGCAGGCAACGGCAACAGCGACAGCAACCUGGCAACAUACAGCCGACCAGCCGACUGCAUCGCCAAUUAUAACAGCCAGAUGGAAAACAAGCAGACCAACCUCAUUGUGCCAGAGUCAGGAGUCUACGGAGAUGUAGACUUGUCCAACAAGAUCAAUGAGAUGAAGACCUUCAACAGCCCCAACCUGAAAGAGGGACGCUUUGUGGGUCCGGGGGGACAGCCGACGCCGUACGCCACCACCCAGCUCAUCCAGUCUGCCAUCAUGGGAAACAACAUCAACGCAGACAGAGGAAUUGGCGGGAGCGGAGGAGGAGGAGGAGGAGGAGGAGGAGGACUUGGAGUUGGAGGGGAGAUGAACGAGAAACACUGCUGGAAGCCCACCUCAGUCCAGCAGCAGAAACAGGACAUGGCCUCCCAGCUGCAGUACAACAUCAUGGAGCAAAACAAGCUGAACAAGGAUCGCUACAGAGGAGGGGACAGCCCGAUGCCAGCCACCAUCCCCUACAACCAGACACACGACAGUCACACUGGAGGCUCCUACAACAGCUCCGACCGAGGCAGCAGCAGCACCUCCGGGAGCCAGGGUCAUAAGAAGGGAGUACGCACCCCCAAACUACCAAAACAGAGCACAAUGAAUUGGGCUGACCUCCUGCCCCCUCCCCCUGCAAACCCACCCCCCAGUCGAAGCACAGAGGAGUACUCUUUGUCGAUGGAAGAAAGGUGGGACAUGUCUGCACAGACGCGAAGACACAGACAAUUUGACAGCUGUGACCCAGACAUGCAGUGCCCCAUGCCCCCCUCUCACAUGUACCUGCAGCCAGACGAGCUCGAGGAGGAAGAGGAGAUGGAAAGGGGUCCCACUCCUCCCAUCCGAGGGGCAGCCUCUUCACCUGCUGCUGUAUCUUACAGCCACCAGUCCACAGCUACCCUUACACCGUCACCCCAGGAGGAGAUGCAGCCGAUGCUCCAGGACGCACCGGAUAGCCAUGAACGCAGGCGCCACGCUGUGAGCCCCCCUCUGCGGCCCCUCUCCCCAUCACACACAUAUGGGUACAUCACCAGCCCGUUGGCCUUGGACACUGACGGCAUGGAGGAGGAAGAUGAUAUAUUGGAAGAAGAGGAGGAGGAGGAGGAGGAGGGUGACGAGACAGAUGCAGAGGUGGCCAAGAUGCACUACCACCACACACACCCCCACACACACCCCCACCAUCCCCAGAUGCAUCCGAGGAGGUUGCUGCUACGAGGGCUGGAACAGACGCCCGCGUCCAGCAUGGGCGACCUGGAGAGCUCGGUGACCGGCUCCAUGAUCAACGGGUGGGGGUCGGCUUCUGAAGAGGAUAAUGUCUCUUCAGGGAGGUCCAGCGCCGUCAGCUCAUCAGAUGGCUCCUUCUUCACUGAUGCUGAUUUUGCUCAGGCUGUGGCAGCAGCAGCGGAAUAUUCUGGCCUCCGGGUGGCCAAAUAUCCUAACACACAGGGCCACGAAGUAGGAGGAGCUUCAGCACGAAAAUACCAAAUAAACCAGUCAGGCCACCGUCCUGGUAGCCCGGUGUCCACAGACAGUAACAUGAGUAUGGCAGCUGUACACAGGAGGCCUCCGAAGAAGCAGAAACAGCAUCCUGUAGGACACCCAGGGAACCCACGACGUGAAGUCUAUAAUGAAGAUCUCCCUCCUCCCCCCAUCCCUCCUCCAGCAGUGCUAAAGUCGCCCACACACCCCUCAAAGGCUGCCCUGGAGGGGAGAGGAGUAGUUUCUCCCAAAACCGGUGAGGGUCGAGACAAGAGAGGGGCGACGGGAAGCUAUCGCCCCCGAGACGGCUCAGACACCAGAACCAGCUCAUCUGAGCGCAAAGACGCUCAGGAGAGACAAAAGACUGCUCACGGGGGGAAAGGGAAUAAACAUGAGGGUAGCAUGGCCAACAAGGCACGCCAACACGCAGGUUCAGAGGAUAUUUUGCCCUACAGCCGACCACAGUUCCCCACAGUCAACAGCCCUCGAGACCCCAGCUCCUCCAGCUCCAUGUCCUCCAGGGGCUCAGGGGGCCGGCGGAGAGGAGAGGGAGGCCGCAGGAACCCUGCAGACAUGGGCCACAACACCACGGGGGCCUUCGCACCAGGAGAUGAAGAGCUUGAGAUGGUAGAAAGCUGAAGAACAGGGGAGAAACACAAAGAACUGUCCUGAUUUUUCCAAGAGUGGAGCACCAUUGUUUCUCUUACAAUUUUAAAUAUCUCAGUAUUUCACCAUCAUGUUUUGCUGCCAUCAGUAGUGUUUCUUUACAUCUGGAAAACAGACCAAUUGUUUUUUUUUCUAACUUAUCAUUUUCUAUGUCCAUUUAAAAAAAAAAAAAAAAGGAAAGCGUGUCUGAAGACAAAGGAAUGGUGCAUUCAAAACAAAAUACGCAGUAGUAUAUUUAUGUUUAAUUCCAAUGCAAUAUGGAGUGCAAUCCUACUCCAGACAUUGACAUGACUCGGCUUGCCUUCGACCAGAACUGUGUGAGCCCAUACAGUCACAUGUUACUGUAAUAAAAAUAGCUGCAAGCAGAGAGAGGGGCGGACUGUCUGUAAAUAUACGUGUAAACAUGAUGUCUUCUUGUUUUACCCAUCGUGGUACCUCAAAUUUGUCUUCCAUGUUUUUAUUUUGCGAAAUUCUAAUUUUAUUAUGCCAGUAAAUAUAAUUAUUAUUUUAUCAUUUCCAUCCAUGUUGUAAAUGCUAUAUUAUUUAGCUGCCCCAAGAAAGUGCCACUUUGGGAUUUUUUUUUUUCUUUGGUUUUGUUUUUUUGUAAUGCACUGUUAUGUUUUGUGUUGUCGUCAAUGUUUGUUAUUUGUUUUACUUUGGUUUUAAAAGCACAAUCACUAAACUUUAUUUUAAACCAUUCUAUCUAUUAACCUUUUUGUCUUACUGGAGGAAAACAGGUAUGACAAAAGAGUCUAGUUAAUCCCGAUGAUGAUGAUGAUGAUGAUGAUGAUGAUGAUGAUGAUGUAGGUAAAGGUUGCUGUUUACGAAGGCUGUGCUUGAAAGGAGACUCCUUGCGUUGUGAUUGUCUCCCUCUCCAGUUCUGACGCUAGCUCAAGUGAUGAAAAAGACAGUUAAUGUGAGUCAUAGCUGCAAUGUAAAUAUCUUUUUUUCGCAUUGACCAUAAAACUCAGCUAUUGCACAUUAAUGGAAAAAACAGUUUUAUUGUCUACUAAUGCACUUACACGAAUGUCAGAGACAGGAACGAAGAGUCACUUUGGGAAUCUGGAGAGGUUGUAAUUGGACAAGAAGAGUCUCUUUUCUUGACAGGGCAGGGGUGGAGGAUCCCUGUUUUUAAGGAGAAAAGGGUGCUGUUGUUUAUUCAUAAGACAUCUGCAAACAUUUGUUUCGUAAAGCAAAAAAGUAAAAAGAACAAAAAAAAAAGAGAUGAAUAAAAAAGUUCGAACUA